CUCAGCGGCCGCCUUCAUUAAGCCUCCUCCACCGUCUGCUCUGCUUCACUGUGUCUGUGCCGGCCCGCGUCUCAGCAACAAGAUGAUGUUCUGCAGCAGCAUCUUGGCUUUGCACCUUUUCCUCUGCGUUUAUUCUCUGCCUCCACACGACCGCAGGACUGUCAGCAAGCACAAGCAGCUGCAGGUGAGUUUGAAACGCUCUGAAGGUGAAGGGUAAAGUUUGAAUGAGGAGAAAGUAUGAGCUGGUGAGAAAAUAGAGGACAUUUGUGAGAGUGAGACAAGAGACUGAGCCACAGAAUCACAUGUGAGUGAUUAUAUUUAAUGAGAGUCACUUCAAAGCUUAAUAAGGUUAAAAAUGAAGUCAUACUGUGUCCAACUUUUUGUCCAGCUGUAAUCAAAGGCUGCGCUCCUUUUUAGUUUCUAACAAAGCUGCAUGUGAACUUUGAGCUCAAUCUGUGAGUGCUUUUGUUCCUCGAGUCUGCUCGUUUUAUUGGCUUACAUUUAUUGUGUCUUUGUUAUGAGAUUUUUACUGAGUUUGACACUUCCCACAGCUACAGGAGAGCUUUAAAGCUGUAAAAAUAUUUGAAAGCUUGAAUUGUUUUCACUCAAAACCCCUGUAAAGAUAAUAAAUCUAAAUUAUCUGAGAAUCCUGAUUUCUAUAAAACAUUUCUUGCCCUGCAUGCAGGAUCAUUUAUCACAUUCUUGUUUUGUGCUAAAAGUUAGAGAAGAUCAACUUUUGUUUCAAACUUUCUGCAGAUUUUUGGCUGCGCUCCUUCUUUCCGGUAAAUCUGUCAACUGCUUGUGUUAGACGUUGAGAUUAAGCAAGCAGAGGCAAGUCAUCUGGCACCCGGUGAAGGAUAAAAACUUGGCUUGUUUGCUGACUCAGGAGAAACGGAGAAAACAGCAGAAAGCUGCUCUCAAAGAUUUGAGUGAGCUGCUCCUUUGAGGCUUUUUAUUUGUGCAUCCUUCAGAGUGUCUGCAGAAAACAAGCAGAGCUGCCAAACAUGAUGAAACGACAAAAGAAUCCUAUAUAUGAUCCUUCAUAUUUAAGUGCUCAAAAUGUCACAUAAUGGGUCUUCAUUGUUGACAGAUUAAUCUAUCAAACACGCAGCCAAGCCCUGACGGCAUAGUACGAGCGCUAAGACUCCUGUAUUUACCCAAGAACUGAGUUAACAAACAUAUUUCAGGUACCGCACCUGUUAUUACAUUUUGGAUUUUUUGUUUUCUAUCUUCCACUCCUUCACAUGUCAGGGGGAAAUUUUGUUUGCUCACCUCAAAGUUUUGAUGCUUCACUAGAAUGUAAUGUUUGAUUGUCUUGAAAUGUGAUGAUCUUCCUUGAAAAAGUCACUGUCUGGAUGGCAAUGUUGUCCACUUCCCCUCAGUCCAUCUUAUAGAGCUCAGGUCCAGAGAAGUCUCUGAUGUUUGUAGAUCAUGUUUCCGUCUGGUCUCCUCUUUGCAUUGUUCAGUUUUAACCUCAUUUGUGGAUGCAGUGAUGAAUUGUAUUGGUUUUUGGAAGUGAUUUACAGUCCAUGUGGUGAUUUCCACUACAGAGUCCUGUCUCUUUUUAAUGCAGUGCUGCCUGAGAGCCUGAAGAUCAGGAUGAUCCAGUCUUAGUUUUGGUCCUUGUCCCUUGUGUUCAGAGAUUUCUCCAGAUCCUCUGAAUCUUUUAAUAAUAUUAUGUUCUAUAGAUGAUGAAAUCCACUCAUUCUUUCACAUUUGACACUCAGGAACAUUUUUCUGAAACUGUUGAACUAUCAGCUCACACAGUCUCUUACAGAGUGAUGAACCUCUUCCCAUCUUUCCUUCUGAGAGACUCAGCCUCUCUGAAUGUCCUUUUAAUACCCAAUAAUGUUACUAGCCUGUUGUGAUACUUUUGCAAGCUUGGGAUUCUGAAAACCUGUUUUACAACCUUUGAACUUUUUACAAGCCAAAAAAUCAACCAAUCAUUAAUAAGCAGAUAAAUCAUGAAUUUCUUUGGGCAGUUCUGGUGGUAGCAGUGAUAUGGAGAAAUGGGGCCCUACUUUACCUCAAAUUCAGUAAGUCAAAGUCAUUCACUAAAAUGUUUACAGUGACUCUUCUUGUACAUGGUGUUUAUAUUCAGAGUAAAGCAGAACAGGUGAUACGCUGAGUGAAAGUUCACAACAGUUUAGGGUUUGUUUGUGAUAAAUGGGCCAGACCACUCUUCACGGCAGAGGCCACAAGUACAGGUUUGAGUUAUUUACACAAUCUCUGUUUCCUCGAGCUUUGAGUUAAACAUUAUGUAUAUGUUCAUGAUUUUAGUGAAGGUCUGUUAAGGUUUCGCCUGUCGCUCUGAGGUGCUGAUAAUGAAAGAUAAUUACACACUUCACACCUUAAGGUAGCUGCAGUUAUUAUAGAAGCAAUAAAUCCAGUUUUAUUGUGUGAUAUCAUCUUUAACAGAUGACUAAUAACAUUUGCAGCUCCAAUUCAACUUAACUAUCUACUAUUGGACUACGUCAAAUUAAAGAGUCUAUACUAAAGGUCUGGAUGAUAACAUGAGAGGUGUUUUGGUCUUUGUAUGUACUUAUAGUAGUACUGACCAAUCAGGCAUCAGCAGGCUUUGGUGUCUGCAGGAAAACCAGUCUGUAUACAGAGCAAAAGCAGGAUUAAACAGUCCAACAUAAUGUCAUCCCAGCUCCAGUUGUUAGAAUUUAUUUCUCUGUACAAACAGAUAUCUGCAUGAAGGUCAUGAAGGUUGACUUUUGACUAAUCUGUAUUACGAUGUUAUUUUAUCAAACUGAAGACCUGUUGAUGACGAGAAAAUCACAAGAAAACUGUUUAUUCUUCAGGUUCAUUUAUACUACUGAAGUAAUCCAGAGUGAAGCUUCUGAGUAACUCACUAUUUACAGUAUAACCAUGACUCACCAGAAUAAGCUGACCAGUAAGAUACAAGGACGCCUGUGUAGCUGAUCACUGAACAGAGAAACUGUAAGACUAAGAAGCAGAUGAGUGAGAAGACGGAGUAACUUACUGCUGUAUUUACAGUGAACCCUAGACUUACUGUAGAUAAACAGGACGAUAACUGGGACUCAUCAAAACAGACUACUUGUAACCCAGAGUGAUGCCUCUCUGUAAUCUAAUGUUUACAGUGACUUAUAUGAAGAAGUGAUUCACACACGGCCUCUCGUAACGUUGCAGCUUGACUGUAAACAAUGGAGCAGUGGAGAGAAAAGCAAGUCAUGGCUAGAAGUCUUGUAUCCCUAAGGGGUGGCUAUGCUGGAAUGCUUGAAAUGUUUGCUAUUGUUUCUGAAAAAAAAAAGUAUCAUCAGAUGACAGCAAGCAAGUCCUGAGAUUGGACCAACGGUUUCUCUUUCUUCAACUUCUGCCUUAAAACUAAUUGUGCUUUAUUCUCUGCAUUUUGAUGUUUUUUUCGCAUCUCUGGCUCUAAAAAUCCUCUGUACUGAUGCAUAAAGUGCAUUUACAAACAAUAGUUAUCUACUUGAACUUAAAGCAGCUGUUAUAGUCUAAAUAAAGCUAAAUCAAAAUAAUGAAGAAAGGAGUUUAACCUGCAGAGUCAGCAGCUAAAUCUGCAGCAGCUCCAUUGUUUUAGCCCGUGGUUAUCUGCUGACCUGUGUCUUAACUCUGUUUCUUCUUCUUGGGUUAUUAAACUUUUUGCACAGUAUCUUCUCACCAAUCUGCUCAUGUCUCCAACAACAUUGCAUAUGUUUUGCUCUGCAGGUGUUCAUAACAGAUCUGAUCCUCUAUAUCCUGCAAACACUUGGCAUACUUGUUGGGUUUGUGUACUAAACAUAGGAUACUUGAGGAUAUUCGGGAGGUUUGGGGGUUAAAUAUUUACUCUUGAUGAAUGUCUUCCUUUCUAUGCAUCAUUUAUCUGGAGUUUUCCUGCAGCAGGAAGUCAGAGGAGGUAGAUUGUAUCAUGUUUGCAGUGUGGGGGGAAAUUCAGUCUGGUCAGAUCUUACUAAAAUGCGGUUAUGUUAGUCAUCCUGGUAAAGUCCGAUCAGCAUCCUUACAUGCACACACUCCCUUGCAGACAACCUGAUGUCAUGACUGAACGGGGACUUUCCAGACAUCUGCUCACCGUGUGUGAUGCAGCUCUGUGUGUGUCUGCAUGUGGGGCAUUUUUUCAUGUCAUGUGCAUGUUUCUACUUGCGUGCACACAUUGUAUUUAAAUGUUUGAGUGACAUUAACAAAGACUCCUGGAUGUAACAGAUGCCACCUUCGAGAUAAAACAACAAUGCUCCUCUCUGUAGACGGCUCAAAGCUUCAUGUGGGUUAAAGCUCGGGCACGUCAGUUUGGGAGAGACAGAGAAACCGCAGGGUCCUGCUGCGACAUGCUCUCCAGGAUCACCCCAUCAUACUCGCAGCUUUGUUUCUGAGUCAUGUGACUUUGUGUUUAUGCUGUUCGGAUGAAAACAUGAUUCUUGCCCAAACGCUUUCUUAUUUCUGUCACUCACCGUCAUUUCAGCAGCUUAGUGAAACCUGUGGCUGCAGUUUUAUUAAAAUCCUCUGAAACCUGCCAGAGCAACCACACCGUCUGUUAUGAAGUCUGAGGUGCAGGAAUUUAAACCUGUUUGUUUCAGAUCACAUCAGUCCAGAACCAGUCAGUGAGUGUCUGAUUGGUGAUAUUUUGGGUAUGUGUUGUACUGAAUGGAGUCUUGGAUAACUUUUAUUGGACUUCUGGAUCAAAGUUUACUCUCUGUGUGCUGAAAUCAUUGAAGCCCCUCAAGGAACUUUAGAAACCAGAAUGGAGUUUAGUAAACACAGUGCAUAUUUCUCAUCUGAUGUCUCUGCUGUCCAACAUUGAAAUUUUCCUGAUUUUGAUAUCAAAAUUGAGCUGUACCAUGUUGCAAAUUAUUUCAAAAUAAAUUUUCUUUGUGAGACUGUCAACUUUCAAACCUUAAUCUUUAUGUGUUUCUCCAACAACCAGAAGCUUUUCUAUCUCUUAGAGAAAAUCUGCGUGUUUUUAGAGACUUUAUGGAUCCACUCCCUCAAAAACAAAACUGAUCUGUGAAAAUUUUAGAUUGCAAAUUAAAGAUUGAUUUUAGUGACAUUGUAUUGUUUCUGUUAGCUGAUAAUGUUAAAAUGGGUGCUGACAUCUUUGUUUGGGUUUAAUCUGGAGCUAUAUCUGUAAUCAGUUGACCUCAAGGACCAAUGAGAGGACAGACAUCACAGUCAUCUCUCAGUACAGAAAUACUACUGACUUGAUUUGAGUAGAUUUAUCUGAUUCCUCUUAUUCUGGUAUCAACAAAUAUGCGCUCUCUUUGAGUCAACACAGAUGGACUGCUUGGGUGUUCAUGCCUUACAGAGCAUACUGUCUUUGACACAUUUAUUUGCUUAUUUUAAAGAGGAGAUGAAAAACAAAAUGUUGGCAGCAGUCCUAAGAUGGUCCUAAAACCUGGUCUAACAAAGUGGAGAUCUGGGGGCAGGCUCAUAGAAUAAUGCCGACAUUAUGUCAUACAGAGUGAGGCUUAAACUUAAACUACAUGUGAAAUUUCUGUAACCAGAGAAAUGAACAGAAAAAUAUUUUAUUCGCUCAGCGUCCAGUUUUCGGCAUACUUAGUAUACUAUUAGUUGGUAGUACAACCAGGGCCUGCUGUAGAAAACACAUCCAGACAGCUUAAAACUGACUUACCAGCUUUGUGAUAAAAAACUUUCUUUAAUGACAGAAAACAUGUUUGAGACAUUCGACCUGUAUUUUGAAGUUCUAGUUUGACCCAUGUCCCACCUGUUAACACAGAGAAGGCAGCCUUGGGUGACGUGAAUCAGGUCAAAUGAAGAGGAGGGGGCUGAUGCAUCAGAUGAAGAAAAUGAAAUUUGAGCUCACAGACUACUCAGGUAUAUCGUCUGUAAAUAAAUGUAAAAGUGAGUUAGGUAAUACCCAUUAAUCACACAUGUUGAUGCAGAAAACCUCUGGAGUCUUUUCCUGACAGCGUAAUGAACGGCUGUUUGACCCACAUGGCGCACCUGAGCGGCUCAGGUGUUGUUUUGCAGGGUGACUCAGGGUGAGCGUGCCUUUAAUUGUUUAGAACUUCAAACGUCAGAUUUUAAUCUGUUUUUUAAACAUUUGGGAGUCUCUUUGAUCUGUGCAUUUGUUUAACAAUCAUGUCAGAUCAUUCAUCAAUAAAUUCGACUGUAAUUAGCCUCUCCGUAAAGCUUUAAUCUUUAACUGACCUUGUGUCUGUGAACUGAGACUAAUCCUGUUUGUUUCACCUUCAGCUCUGAAACACAAAGAGCACAGCUGUCUGGUUUUACUUCACAGAUUAGUGGUUUCUGGGAGGUUUCUGAUACAGAUUCAUAUAUCAUAAUUUCACUCUGACAGGCUCUUUAUUACUGUGGCUCAAAGCAAUGAGACUGUAGGUGGUCUGAUAUUCCAGAUACAAACAGUACAAACAUGUUUUCCAGAUUCACCCGAGGUAAGGAUCCGAGUGUUUUGGCUAAGGAAAUGAAGAGGUCAUAAUUUCACAAAAGCUAAUGAGAGAAGGUGGUUUGUGUCUUUUAAAUGAUCCUGUGAAAAUAUACACAAAGGAUUUAUCGAAGUAUGAGUAAUUUUCAGUAGAGGUCUGCUAAAAUUGAUUGAUUGAUUAUUCAGGUAUCAGCAGGCUCCAGUACUUGUGAAAGAUCAACAUCAAGAUGUCAUUUAGGCAAACUGGAAGUAACCUGAUGGCUUUUAUUCAUUGUUUGAAAGAGAAAUCUGAAUAUAAGCAUCAAAAAAUCUGCUCAGAUUUGUCAAAAUGACCCAUCUAAACCCCCUUUGAACAACAUUUUGAUCUCAAGAGGCUUUUCCUUUUUAAUAAUUUUUGGGGAGUUAUCAAUAAUCACCUGUGGCUUGUAGUUACAUGGUACUAAUAAACUAGACCAAAUCGACGCCUUUGUGCAACUUAGUAUUUACAGUAAAACCAAACCGACUAGAAGCAGAUGAACAGGCUCUCCUUUCAUGCCCUUUUUUUGCACACAGAUCUGGAGGAGUGAAUCUCACUUUUUGUAGUCAGUGAAUCUGGAGAUGUGUUUAAAGGCGUGUGACAUAGUGACACAUGACAAGGAUGUACUAUUAAUGCUCACAUAGUAAUUUCAACCUCAAGGCCUCACAGACGUGUGCGUAAACUGUAAGUCCAACGCAUCUUGACAGCCCACUCAGCGUCUUUAGAAGUGGGCUGUGCCGAUAAUCGCAGCGGGACUUGCUGACCACGCUGGCUUCAAAAAGUCAAAUCAGCAGGACAGAAACAACACCGUAUAGGAGGGUAAUGACUCACUGAGGGUCACCCGGACACUCAUUAGAGCUGGAGUUCUGCACUGAUAAUACAGGUUACUAAAAGAUGUCACUCUUGAGUCUGCUGGUACAGUUUCUUUGAUAAACCACACUUUUACGAGGACUGCUCAUAACACUUCAUAAACACUGAGUUGUUAUGGAUACUUAUUAUCAUUCAUAAGGGUUAUUAUAAAGCUUUAUAGAUGCAUUUAUAAGGCUCUAUAAAUGUACUUACACAGUGUUAUGAGAGGUAGGUUCAAAUAAAGUGUUACUUUUAUUUCUUUUACUCUUUUCUUAGUGUUUUAGUCUAUUAUUAUUUUAGCUUUCAGUGUUCUUUUCUGUCUGUUCCUUGGUAAAGCACUUUGGGCAGCCUGUUUGUGUAAUAAAGUUGACUUGGAUUGAGUUAAGCCAUGCAUCCCAUGUACAGAGCAGGCAGCCUGGGUUCGAUUCCUGCCUGGAGCCCCCAUUUCUGGAGCGCCACUGCCCCGAUCUCCCUCCUGCUUUCCUCCUCUAUCUGCUGUCCCAUCUCCUUAAAUAAAGAUACAAAAGCCUGUAAAUAAACAUCAUGAUCAAAAAGUUAUGAACUGCAAUUUCCAAUUUAAACUCCAUGAUUAUUUGUAAUCAAAACAAUUAUUGAUUUGAACAUCUGUGUCUUUGCAGGAAUGGGAUCACAGCAGCAACCAUGUCGGUCUAAAGAAGAGGGGGCGACACGACCAGGACACACUCAACAAAGAUUUCCACAUGAAGACAGUGCUGCUGCCCAAAAAUGACACAGAGUUCUGGAGGCGACCUCGCUGUGGGGUCCCAGACUAUCCCACUUUAACACAGAUGGGCCUGUCAUACUACAACCUGAAGAAGAAGAAGGGAGGCCUGAGACGACAGCAAAGGAAGAAGAGGUUCGCUCUGUUUGGAGGACGCUGGGAGAAGACGGACCUCACUUACAAGUAGGACACAAAUAUUCAGAGUGGUUUCCAUAUGUUUCCCACUAAGUUUUGUCUCAUGGAUGUAAAAGCUGUUGCUGUAAAUUGUUUGUACAUUUAAUUUGUCAAAGAACCAAAGUAAGCAUAAAACUGUGGGGUCAUGUUGUAAUUAGAAGCCACGUCUCUGGAUAAUUGUUAUUUUUCAGACACUGAUAUUUGCCUCAUGUGUUUACCAGUGUGGUCAGAGAGGCAAAAGCAGAGGCCUGAGUCCUGUCAUCAUUACCCCAUAUACUGUGAAACUGUGUACGUGUUUGUGGAUAUGUGCUUGUGUUAACAGCGAGGCAGAUUCUUGUGCUGUUUACAAAAACACUCUUACAGGAUGAGCGAGGGACGGUGCUAUGCAGGAAUAACCAAAUGUCUACAGUACACAUGUGAGAGUGUCUCAAAGUACGCAGUAAACUCUAACUGGAAACACAUUCUGACACCACGAGGAUAAAAAUCUGCACACAAAUGCGUUUUAGCCAAAGCUCAUAUGGGGCGCACAAACACAGACAAGAGCCGAAUUUAAACAUGACUGAAACGACUUAAACCUGCUUUAGUAAAUACAUUAAACAGAGGUGAAGCAAAUGAUUGUCAAAGAGGAAAACCAUAAGUUCAUCACUUGAUCAAAAAAGCAGCUGGACUCGAGUAAGACUUCCAUGGCUCUUCUUCUUACUCAGUCUGCUCUGUAACACUGCCAGAGCUCGUAACUGUGUUGUGGUUUGUAGUCGCUUUGUGUCUGUUUUCUUUAAUUUGGUAGAUGUCCCUAUCACAGCUCUUUGCAUAUUUUGACCUCCUUGCUACUUCUCCCUCCUUUCGUUUUUUCUCUACUGGUGAAAAGUCAGGCAUCAACCACUUAUCUACAGCAUUAAAACAUCCCCAUGUAGUUUACUGUUGCUUAUAACAUUUUUGCCACAGUGUCGACAGGCAGACAGGAACUGGAAUUCCCUCUGAUAUUUUUAUCUCAGUGUAUUUAGUGAGAAAAUUAUAUUUAUUGUAACAUAGAGUCACAUUUACUCAUUUAAAAUCAUGAUAACUCACAUAAAGUUACACGUAGUCACAUCAAAAACUUUACCUAGAGUCAGAGAAUAACUAAGUCUUAAGUAAAAAAAAAAGUUAUUUAAAAGUCUUCUUCUAUUUCUUCUUCAUCAUUAAGUCACAUGGAGUCGUAUUCAUACUCAGGACUUAAACGUUAUAAGUGAAGAAAACAGAGCAUCAAGCAUUUCUCAAGAGUGGCAUUAGAGAUCUUGACCUCCCAAAGAGUAAAUAUUGGACCUGAAAUCCACCUACAAAUGAUUUCUGCAUUUUUGCCCCAUGUUUAAAUAAAGUACUUUAAACACCAGGGUUGUGUUUACAGCCUGUGGCACCACCAUUAAGGUACCAAAAGUCAAAUAUGGCGUGCUAUAACAUGUUUUCCUGGAUACUCCUGUCCUCAGAAAUGAUGUUUGGAUUAUACUAAACUAUUUUCCAAAUCACAUUGUGUUGACAAUGUAAUCACUGUCUGGUUUAUGUUCAACAAAGCAGAGACUUUUGGGAUUCUCCACUGAAAUAACAGGAUCUUAAAAAUAUUUUCAACAUUCUUUAAUGUCUUUGUCAUGAUCUCAGCUGAGAUCUCAACUGAAAACACCAAAACAAAAUCAGUAAUAAAGCUAUCGUGUUCAUUUAUUAAAAAGUGUUUUACUCUCUUUAGUAUAAACGGUAGCCCUGAAUUUAACAGUGUCUGAAAACAUGGAUAUACAAUGAGCAAAUUUGUUCACUUAAGAGUAGAGUCACUGAUUAAUAAUCAUCAAUGUUACCGGUGUAUAAAUGUCUUGACUUAGCCUUCUCAUUUGGUUGUCAGAAGAUCAGCUAAGUCUUUACUCAUUAUGAACUCUGAUCUAUUUUUGUAAUUUUUCUGUUUCCAAAAAAAAGAAAGAUAGGACAAGAGUCUGCAACAGAGCAAAGAUCUUAAUGGUCAAGUUUACUGAAAACAACAAACCGAGCAUAUGAUUCGGCCUGGUUUUGCCAGUUCUCCAGAAAUUAAAGUAACAAGGACUACUUCAAAUAUGUUUUUUUUUAUCAUUAUCUGUGUCAUUAGCAUCAGCAUGGCUCUAUAUUUUUUAUUCUAUUUCUACAAAAGAUGACAAGUACUGCAAUUCUUUGCAAUGUGCAUGUUUUUAUUUCCAUGCAUUUGUCUUCAAAAUAGGAAAACAUAAUCACAGAGAUUUUUCAGGGGAAUGGCAGGGCGUUUUUUUCCAUGUUGUUCCAUGUUUCCACCAAGAUUUACAAUGUCUUCAUGGAGAAACUCCAGGCUGAGAAAAUACCAAGAAAAGGUGCGCCACCUUAAAAAGAAACACUGUGUAAGCAUCCUGAGUGUCUUGGCAAACUUGUCAGUGGUUCCACUUGGUGUGAAUCUUGCAAUUUUGUGUUAUCAAACACUGAUUAAGCAGAAUGGGCUUUUCUUAUUGUUCAGCUGAGUGGACGAGCUCAGACAUGACACGCAGGAUGUAAUAUGAACAAGUUUACCUCCGGCAGCAAUCGCAGGCAGUGUGAAGGGAUUCCCCUGGCACUGAACAGGUGGCAGGGUGUGUGUGUGCUGCUGCUGUGUAAGGAAAAAUGCAUGUAUCAGAUAUUUGAUGUUCACUGUCUGAAUAAGCCCCGAAUUGUUUAAUUUGAUGCUGUUGGUUAAAAGAAUUCCUCCCCGGGUAUCGGUGCUAACAUGUAAAACCAAGAUUGUACACUUGAGCUUAAUGUGGCAUCCCUCAAGGCUCUUUUUUAGGGCCUCUUUUGUUUCCAAAAAGACACCCCCCUCCCUUCUUGUUGGCUUUAUUUCUAAGAAAUACAGCCUUUCAUAUCAUGUGCUGACGACUACAGUUUGACUAACAGUUUCAUCUUACAGUGCCCACUUUGCUAUCAAAGGUCUCUCUAACUUCAAACACCACUUUUAUUUAUGGGUUUCAGUACUGUGUACAGUGAGUGAAUUGGUGUCCUUAAAAAAAGGUAAAAGUAAGGUGAAAUUUCAAGACAGAAAAGUGUUUCCCCUCACAGAUUGAAUCCAAACUUAUGUUUGUUGUGUUUGGCUCCUUUUACUCCCUCACCAGCAGAGGCUGCUGCCUGCUAAUUUGCACAAUUGGGUCAAAUCUCAAUGUGGUCAUUGAUGGUUCAUUACAUUUUAAUCAGACAGUCAGUUUUUGUUGGCAAAGUCUUAAAACCAAAACCUCUGCCAAAAUGCAGACGCAAUAGAACAAAAAUGCAUAUUUCCAGCAGGCUAUUGGCUUUGACCCACACAGGGUCCAACAAAUUAACCUUUUUUGUUUUCAUAUCUAAACUUUAGCUUAAAUGUUAUUAAAAAUUAAGUUGACUUUGACUUUACGUGAAAAUAGUACUCCUUGUCAAACGUACUGAAAGGGUCAAAUAUUUCCAAGAAAACAAUAAAACACAACACAGCACACGUACGUUUGUUGCAUCCACCCUCUUGGUCCUGGCAGGGUUUACAUAGCGUGGUCCCAAAUUACCUGAACUGGUUUGAGGCCUGGUAGUCUGAGACAUCUGGGUCAUGUCAUAGAUUAAAAUUCACCUCUGCAUGACCCAUCAAAGCCAAAAAGACCAAAAGCGUAAAGACUGACUGUGUUUAUACAGUAGUUUUUUUAAUGCCUGUAAUUUGUUGGAUGUUUCCUUCAGGAUUCUGCGUUUCCCGUGGCAGAUGACGGAGGAGAAAGUUCGAAGAGUCCUGCAGGAGGCCUUCAGUGUGUGGAGUGAAGUGACUCCUCUGACAUUCAGAGAGGUUAUCGCAGAAAAAGCCGACAUCAUCAUCGACUUCAACAGGUAAGACAGAGUCAUGUCAUGUAAUUAACGGUAUGUACUCAUGUGGUGUAACUUCUUCUGAUCUUCUUUCAAAUGAAGGAGGGCUAGUAGGUCUUCUUACAGUGCAUCAGUUACACUUCAAUUGAGUGUAAUAACGCCUACAUGUAUUGUUCCUGUCAAAUGAACUGAUGAGUAAAUAUAUAAGUUUUCACUGGAGGAAGAGCAAUCAUCUUCAUCAUAGUGAAAAUAAGGUAAAGGAAAAUGAGGUUAAAAAUAAAGACCAUAUAAGCUGGAAAAUAAAAUGCCAUAGCUAACCUCAGAAUAACAGUUGAAAAAUGAUAUAACCAGAAAAAAACAUUUAGCAUUUGCUCAUUUAUUUAAAAAUGGCUUCACCAGCAAAUUUAUUGGCUGACUGUGAUAAAUUUCACAGGGAGGGGGACUUACCUGGGAUCUAACAUCCAGCGCAAGGUGUGUUUUGUGUAGAAAAGCCACACAGUAAUUUUUUUUUUACUUUUCAUGAUGGGAUUCAUGUUUGCAUCACGGAAUACAGUUUUCAUUGUGCAUUAGUACCAUUCUGGCAACUAGUCAUAAUAAGUAUUUGUAAAACCCCUGGUAUCUAAUGCUCUCUGUAGAACAAGAGAUUCAGACGUUCUGGACAUCAUCAUUGGGAAGUGAGUCUAGCAGGGUGCAACUUACAAUACUAAUGUAGACUGCAGUUUUUGUUUAAAUCUUUAUUGAUAUUUUGUUGGGUUGUGUUAAUAUUUGUUUAAUUUAAUAUGUUUUCCGGUGGAAAAUUUUGUAAUUUUAGUCAUCCAUCACAGGGUUAGACACUCUACAGAUGACAAAAUGUGUUCACAUUGUAAUCCAGAAAUAAAAUAAAAUAAUAAAAGGAUAUUUCUGGGGGCAAAUAAAUGGAAUCAGAUGAAAAUUAUAAAAAUGAAAUAUAGCCUUGGAGCUGUCAUCCAGCUAAAAGCCACAGAGUCCACAAUUAAGGCCACAUAUAGCUGGUUUUUAACCACCAAUGACUUACAGUGACUUAUUUUUAUUCUUAAAGUAUUCUUGGUAAAUAACAAGUUUCUUCAUUCAAACCAGAUUUGGGGAAUUUUUGAUAGUUUGUCAAAUCUAUCCUGUAAAGGGGAAACUGUCGUACAUUAGACUGAUGCCGUACUUUUGGUCAGAAAGAAAAACCUGGUUUUGUGGGGGAUGGAGGACUCGUUGUCUGCAUAUGUAACCACUGAUUAAAAGAACGCUGUAAAUACAGACCCACAGUCAGCAGCCUCCUGUUUUCCAGAUGAUCUCUGUAUCUGACAUAUAAAUCUUUGGAUCCUUUUGUUAAAGUGACCUGGGAAAAACAAAAUGAGGUGUUUCCCUGCCAAGCCCAGCAGCAGAUUACAACCUGAGUGAACACAACACAGGACUUGUUUGGCAGGGUUUUUUAACAGGCAGCCUGCAGCUACAUUUUUAUCAGCUCAGAUUAGUCCUUUUGGCAUUUGGCACAUGGUAUUUCCAUGUCAUGACAACUCUCCUGUUUCACGGGGCUGCAUUACGUUAGACUUUCAUAACUACUACUGUCAACUCCUUGUUUUUUUUUGGGACCAGGCCUUCAUUGGUUACUCUCAUAGCUUUCGUAACAUUCACUUGCAAAACAAAGUUCAAGGUCAUGACUGUUUUGCAACUUUUUCUCUCUUUCAGUUUCAUACUUGUAGCUAGAUUCCCAACGAACUGAGCACAUAGAAACAUUUAAGAUGCACAAUGUUGUAUUUACAAGAAUGCUCGCCAUAAAAGGACUGCUUGUGCAGGUACUGGCAUGGGGACAGCUUACCUUUUGAUGGUCCUGGAGGAAUCCUCGCCCACGCCUUUUUCCCCAGAACCCACAGAGAAGGAGAGGUUCACUUUGACUAUGAUGAGCACUGGAUAUAUGGAAACGAUGUGGGUGAGUGAAUCUGAGAUGCUUUCAGGCGAACAGAGCUUUGGAUUUCUUGGUUUUAAGGAUUUUUAUUCUAAGUUGCAUAACCUUCCUUUCUUUUUCUGUCCUUUUACUCUGGUUAGGCACCGAUCUCCUGCAGGUGGCGGCUCAUGAGUUUGGUCACGUCCUGGGCCUGCAGCACUCCCUGGAGCCUGAUGCGGUGAUGAAUCCUUUCUACAGCGACUCCUACCCUCUGAUGCUGAGCGAGGACGACAAGAGGGGCAUCCAGUAUUUGUACGGCCCGUCUCGGUAUGCACCCCCUGAUAUUACCGAGACCAAUGAGAUUGACAUUGGGAUGGUAAGCCAAUGAAAAGAGACACUUUUACACACUUUCACAUUUUGAAACUGUGUUGUAUCUGGAGACAGAAAUAAGCCCUGAUUUGUGUGUUGUUUCUCAGCCAGAUGCCUGCAGGACAAGCUUUGACGCAGUGUCCAUGAUUAGAGGAGAGCUGUUCUUCUUCAAGUCUCGCUACGUUUGGCGUAUACGCGAUGGGCAGCUGCAAGCCGGCUAUCCAGCCUUGGCUUCACGCCACUGGAGAGGGAUUCCCGACCAUAUCGAUGCUGCAUAUGAAGACAGGACUGGGAACAUCUGGUUCUUCCAAGGUUGGUCAUUCCAUAGAGGCAAACUUGAAAAGGCUCCAUUCGUAGAAACAGAUAAAGCAAAUCAAGAGGGUAUGAGGAAAACUUUCAAAGUACGACAUUUUUAAGACUUUUGGCUAUCAUCUCAAAAGGCAAUGAUGGCCAAUAAAUGAACUAGCCUUGAGAGACUUUUCCUUGAGCCCUGCACUGUUUACAGCCCUGAAGAGCGAUGAUGUGUUCGGGUCAGAAGCAAAUCCAAAUUGGGUCACUUCUCAUCAACAUCAGAUGACAUUCCGCUGAGUAGAGCCUUGUCAUCUGUUUGUAGGCGAUCUUAGAUUCAAGUAGAUAGGUACGGUAGAUAAGGCAGAGGCUUAACCCUGUCUGACAGUUCAUCUGUGUCUGGUGAGUCUCUGUUUCGCUACACUCUGGAUCAAUGUUCAUCUUUUUUUGGUGAGUCUCAGUUUCAUUGUAAAUAGUGAGUCACAGAGGCUUCCUUCAGCAGUCUGAACCCGAAACUGAAAAUUAUCUUCUUGUGAUUUUAUCGCCACUAACAGCUCCUCAGUUUGCUGAAAUAACAUCAUGAUGCCGAUUAGUAAAAGUCAAAAGCCAAGCUUUGUCAGGUCAGAUCCAUAAUUUCUAAAGCAUGUAGGGAAGUCAGGAAAUCUGAACACAGAUUGUCUUUCGUGACUCAGCACCAAGCAGGUAAGUGUCUCAGUGUAAAUGUUUGAUCUAGAACAGAUUGUUAGCUGACCUUUGUGCAGAUAUCUGUUCAUACAGAGAGAGAAAUCCUACUCAGAUUACUAACAACAGGAACUAGGACGUCAGUAAUGAUGGAUUAUGUUCCUCCUGCUUUUGCUCUCCAUACAGACGUUUUUUUGCCUGCUGACACCUGAUCAAUUAAUGCUCUUUGAGCAUAAAACUAACAACAAGAAAAUCUGACCGUUCUCCUGAUACAAGCGUUCUAUCCUGAAUUAUGACAUCUGAAUAGAGACAGGUCUGCAUGUCAGCUCUGAUUUGUAUCUUUAUUUCCUGGACUAGGUGAUAACUACUGGGUGUUUGAUGCUGAGAGGAAGAUCACAGGCCCGGAUUCAGUGCAGCAGCUGGGUCUCCCUGUAACAGAUGUCCAGGCAGCUCUGAAGUGGGAAGAAAACCAUGUUGAGAAAGUCUACCUCUUCAAAUCUGCAUCUUACUGGUCCUUCAAUCCUCAGCAGAACCGCGUGGACAGUAUCCAUCCGCUUAGCAUCCAUAAUUGGGAAGGAGUGCCCAGCCGGAUUGAUGCAGCCUUUCGGGAUGGAUAUGGUGAGGACUCUUCGGUAUUAUAACCUGUUUGGUUGUUCCCUUUUUGAUCAGGAUGUUACUCAUUGUUAUUUGUUUAACACCCUGACAGGAUACGCCACAUUCAUCAGCGGGUUACGCUACUGGAAGUUUGAUCACGUGGCACUUAAAGUGCUUGAAGGCUACCCCCGAAGCAUUGGCAUGGACUUCUUUGGCUGCUCUGCAUAAAUGUUUCCGUUCAGACUCAGCUGCUGCUGCACAGAGCAUCAGUUUGAUUUUCAGCUUUAUCCACCCUGUUAAACUGCAGCUCACAAAAAAAUCCUUCAGAUGACUGAAACCCCCAAAUAUGACAACUAACUCAUGGCAAAGACACUGAGCAUAAGUCAGUCACCCAGCAGUAUAUAAACUACCGGACUGUUUUCUCAAUUUAUGGGCCUACCAACAGCAAAAAGUCACCAUAGCUACGCCUCUACACACAUUGGGAAAUAGUUAAAGUUUGUUCAAAUUCAGGCAUCAAAAAUACUUGGUUGAGCUUACAAUGGGUAUGCGUACAUUAUCAGUGUUCUCCAUAGAUAGAUGAUACCUUAAAGCUGCCUACAUAUAUUUUCAGCCCCUAACGCAUCUAGUUUACAGCUUUUUUUUAAUCUGCCGCAACCAAUCAAUGACAUAGACAGUCUCUCUUUCAGUGCUCCCCUCUUUUUGUUUGUUCUUAUAAAGCUUUACCUCCAGACAAGUUUUUGGCACAUUGAGAUCAGUCCUGAUUUCUUCAUAAAACUUCUUCAAUUGUUCACAAAGUCCAGGUUCAGCACUACUAACAUCUGCAGAGCUUCUAGUAUCAGCUACACCAGAUACAUGCCAGGUACAUGCAAAAAUAGAAACAUUGACUUAAAUCAAAUUAAUCUUGUUCAUGGUUCAACAAGAUCAAGUAAAAACAAUUUCCUAGUAAAGGAUAAAACAAAAUUAACAAAAAAAAAUGUUAUUGAAAGCUCCUAUGAAGUGUUUUGUCAGGUUUGUGAAAUAGACUGAAAUGCAAUUUGAUGUCUUUUCAUGGUAUCCAUGGUUUAAAAUAGCAAACAAGACCAUCAGCACAAUACUGAUGAUUUUUAUUUUGUCAUUUUUACCGUUGUGAGGGGCGAGGUGUCUGUCAAGAAAGGAACAAACCUGUUUUUAUAAUUUCCACAUAAAAUAUUCACAAUAAAUGAUACAUUUAACUGCCAGAAGUCAGCAGGGCGAGAUAUUUUGUCACUAUUCAACAUUAAAGCGUUCAGAGGGAAGGAUCAGUAAAGCCUGCUUUGUCCACAGGGGGCGCCAAAAUCACCACAAACCAAAAGUUACUCACAGGAGCCUUAAGGUGACUCACCUCACAGCAAAGGUGCUAUGACACAGAGUUCAACAACUCUCCAAUCCUUCCAGUAAUGUGAGUGUUCACUGUCUACACUAAGCGCCCGUUCCCCUUACAGAGUUGCAAGUUAGGCUGUUCAACUCACCGUUCACCAAAAUAAGAGCUCGUUCAGUACAAGAGGUCAUUUUACCUCGUUCGUGCACAUGAUGAGUGAGUUUGAGUUUGGAUGGUUCAAUGAGAAUAUGCAGCCUGUGGGCAGCAGCCUUCAGAGAUUUCACACUGGCUCUGAAGUGACUGUCUGUAAAAACUUAAACUGAUUUUUUCCAGCACAAAGCAGCAAAAUCAUAGACAGACAUUUAUCUUAGCGUUGAUUUUGGGGCAUUUUUAGGCUCGGUUUAUGUGACUGAUGUGACGGUCAGUACUGAAAGUCAAACUGAGUCGAUCCAGCUCCACUGCUUUCUCUGAACUUCCUGCAGCAUGUUGAGAGUGAAUGAACCAUUGUGCUAUGUCUCUGAAUAUACAGGUGCUAUUUAAGGUUCUGUAGGCAAUGUAACCAGUACCUCAUUUAUUACGCUAAUUAUAAAAUAUCUGUACUUUUCACUACAUGUACUCUUUGGUGCAUUUUGAUAGAGCCAUGAACUGUCUUCAUUCUCUGUUGUAGAGCUUUGUCUCAGUCCUCUGAUUACUGUGUCUUCGUUAGAAAAGCACUGAAACUUUAAAGUGGUCCGAUAGAGGCCAUGUGGGUCAGUCCUGAUCAGAGCAGUGAGACAGAGCUGGACGAUGGUUUGAUUUACUGUACAUUUUUAUAUUUGUAUUGUUUGUGUUUUUGGUGUUACUGUCUCUAAUCAGUGCUGGACACUGAUUAUGCCUUCUCUUGUAAAAUAAGUCCUGAUGUUUCUGCAGAAAGUUCAAGUUAGUUCUUGACAUGUCAAACAAAGAGAUCCACUCUGAUGUACCUGACACAUUUAUUGAUCUAUCUGCGUUUAUAUGCGUUUUUUUUAUAAGUCAGCACAUGUAAUUCUUGUGUGAAGUUUCUAUCAAGUUUUUUUAACAAUAAAAACUUUUUUUUGUA